CAUUCCUACGACGGCAAAAUAAGGGGACUCGUCCGUGAGACCGUGACGGGCGGCGACCACCACAUCCGCCGCCGCCACACCCCCAAUCACCGUUGCCUGCCUCUGCGCUUUGUGCCUCUCCUUCCGCGCCGCCACCGCCCGCCUCCCUCCCUCUUUCCUACGGCACCUUCCUCCCUACCAUAGGCUCCCCACGCCGAACACGCUUCCUUCAGAUCCAGCACCCUUACGCUGCAGUGCCGCCUCUUCUCCCCGCGUUGUCGUCCUCGCCCCGUUCCCCCGGGCCAGCGUGCGGCGGAUAUCCACCCACGCUUGGACUGACUUCUGCCUUUGCUGGUGAGGAAUCCCUAGCUCACUUGGAUGCGCCGUUCGGUUUGUUUUGUGGAAUAGUCCUCUGUUUGCUGCGAAUUCCCAAAUCCUUCUUUCUGGGGGGAGAGGAGAUCAUCCCGAUGAUGAUUCGAGGUGCAAGGAUGGUGGGUUUGUCCUCUCAGGUUCUGGGCAUGAGGUGCUUCAGCACGGAGAUAUUUGUGAGCAGAUUAUCAUUUUAUACGACAGAGGAAGAACUCAAAGAUGUGUUUUCACCAUUUGGCAAUGUAAAAGAAGCUCGACUUAUGCGGGAUAGCCAAACUGGAAGGUUAAAGGGAUUUGGUUUUGUCAACUAUUCAUCACAAGCUGAGGCGGAGAAAGCUGUUAAAGCAAUGCAUGGAAGGAUUCUACGCGGAAGAUUGAUUUUUGUGGAGAUGGCCCAAGGACGCAAAAGCUAGUAGGACACCCUCCAUUGUUGAAGAUUGACCAUUUUCUUCUCAGUUCCCAACAAGGUUGCUUGCCGAAGCUUGUCCUCCCAACGUUUUAAUGCUUUCUGUUUUUAGUUUUUAGUUAGAGCAUGUGUCUUCCCAUGUGCUCCUUUUUGUUUUUGUAUUUUGGACUGAUUUAUUUUUACUUGGAAUAUCUAGCCGGCAAAUGGGCGAGAUGUUAUCGUACUGCGCACUCUCUAUAACACUUUUUACUAGUGCCAGAAUAUUUUCUCUCUGUAAAACAUACCUUCCAGUAGCAUAUAUACAAGACAUACAGUAUUUCCUGCAAAUCCAAGUGCUUAGAGAUGAGUACA